UUGGCAGAUGACAGAAUGGAGCUGUUUAACACUGACUGUAAACUCAUUCACUUCAUCCAUGAUCUGAAGCUCAGGUGUGGGCUGGAUUCUGAAGAUCAUGUGGAUUUAAUGGACCACAGCGGGACAGUGAUGAAACUGGAGGGGAGAGAGCGGAGUCUGGACCGCGCCAGUGCUCUGCUCAAAGACCGGCAAAAAUACAUCCUUGUACGAGUCUGCAGAGGGGCUGAUGGGGAGUGUAAAUAUGUUCCUCUAUUGACCAAAACCCAGAGACAAUCAGAGUUUACAGAGCUGUUGAGGAAACUGUCCACUGACCAAAAGACACUGGGGCGAAGAGGACGGAGACAUGUGUCCCUUAAA